AGGAACGGGCUUGCAAAGUACUUUAUUGAACGGGAUUACAAUGACAAUAACUAUAACAAUGACAAUUGGUAUAUGACAAUAACUAGUGCUGCACCGGCUACAGUCGAUGGAAUACAGAAGGGGAAGGAAUGGGGACUGUGAUUGAUACAGGCUUCCCAGUACUUCCCAUAAAAAAACACUUCCCCUCCAUUGUCACAAACCACUGACCUUUGAAUACCAAUUAGUUCGAUGCACAAUAUUUCAACCAAAACCAAUUCUCCAUUUCACACGCAAUCUCUUUAAUCUAGCAUACCCCAUCCGUCUCGUUACCCUAGCAACACACGCAAAAGUGCCGGAGGAACUCAGUUUGGUCGAGCAGCAUCUAUGGAAAAAAAGUACAGUCGACGUUUUGGGCCGGAUUUCCAGCGUCUGUCGAUUUUCUCUUGUUUGCUUCUCGUUGCCCCACUCUUCACACGGACUUUAUCCUAACAAACCCUCGCAUUCAAAUACGCUUUACCCGCUGGAGCUCAACCGCCUUUCACACCACAUCUCCCACCCAACUUGCUUCCUACUGACAGCCCACCCAGUCUCCACCCUCAUUCCGUGUAACAGGACAGCGCACUGAACCACCAGUUGCUACUCCAAGUUAAGGAUGGCGGUGGAAUUCCUGCUUUGUACCUCACAUCGAGCAAAUUCCGGAGCUCUUGUGUCCAGUUACCUUUACAGACUUUCACGAAUCGCAUCAAGUUCCUUUACAAAGAUCAAGGAAAUGUGGCUUUCUCUGUAUAUGCCCCCUUAACCGCCUGUCGUACUCCGUCAGGAGGAUCGCCAGCCGCCAGCCAAUCACCCGUUCACUUGAAGUGUUUAUUCUCUGCUGACUUUCCAAGUGGCACUGUGUGGAAUCAUGGACGUGUCGAUGCAGGAGUAUAAGGAAUUCGACAAUUGUAAGAUCCAAGAUCAGAGAAAAACGUACACAGUGGAGGAAGCCGUGGAAACUAUUGGGUUUGGCCGGUUCCAUGUUUUGCUGCUUUGUAUCAUGGGCAGCACAAGUGUAGCUGAGGCCAUGGAGAUCAUGCUGCUGGCUGUCAUUUCUCCAGUCAUCCGUUGUGAGUGGCUCCUUGAAGAAUGGCAGGUUGCCAUGGUUACCACCAUGGUGUUCCUUGGCUUCAUGGCAUUUAGUGGAGUUUGGGGUUUCUUUGCUGAUAGAUAUGGGCGUUGGAAGAUUCUUCUCAUAUCCACAGUCUGGAGUUCCUAUUACUCAGGGUUAACAUCGUUCGCUCACACGUAUGGUUGGUUUGUAUUCCUGCGUUCCAUGGUAGGAAGUGGAGUAUCUGGCCAUUCCCAAGGGUUUAUUCUGAUGACUGAAUUCAUUCCCUCCAAAUAUCGAGGGCGUAUUUUGCCUCUGGGGCAGAUCUUCUGGCUCACUGGAUCCACAAUAGAGAUCCUUUUGGCCUACCUAAUUAUUCCUACGCUGGGUUGGCGAUGGCUUGUGCGCAUUUCUACCGUACCGAGUAUCGUUCUGCUGGUGGUGUUUAAGUGCAUCCCAGAGUCAGCACGGUAUAACGUUUCUGUUGGAAACAAUCAGAGUGCCAAGCAGACUCUGAAUUACAUUGCAAAGAUGAACCGCUCCUGCCUUCCUCGGGGUUCUUUGAUAGAAACACAAAUGGUAAGGAAGGGAAGUGUCUUUGACUUGGUAGAUUCUGAAUAUAGACGCACAACACUGCAAUGCUGGUUCAUAUGGUUGGGAACAGCAUUCGCUUAUUAUGGGCUCGUCUUAACCAGCUCAGAACUCUUGGAAAACAACCCUGUCUGUGGUGUUCCUGAAGGAUCAAAUGUGUAUAACUCACUGGAAACUUGCCAUUGUAAAAUGUUCGAAGCUGCAGAUUACCAGACCAUGAUUAUCAGCACUUUAGGAGAAUUCAUGUUUAUUCCAUUUAGCCCUUUCAUCAUUGAAACCUUGGGGAGACGACGCAGUCUGGCAUUAACAAUGGGAGCUUCCGGUAUUUUCUUUCUCCUCCUCAACAUCUGCAGUAGCAGGGGAUCACUGACCACUUUGCUGUUCAUUCUCCGUGCCCUAGUCUCUGCCAACUUCAGUAUCAUCUAUAUCUACACUGCAGAGGUCUAUCCCACAAUCAUGCGUUCUUUGGGACUAGGGUCCUGUAGUUCGAUGGCUCGCAUUGGAGCAAUGAUUGCACCCUUUAUAGCACAGGUUCUUCUUGCCUCAUGGCCCACAGCAGCCUUGUGCCUCUUCAGUGCAGUGUGUAUUAUCUGUUCCGUUUUGGCUUUCACCCUUCCAAUUGAGACUCAAGGUCGAGCAAUGCAGGAGAUCAAACCAUCUCCUACUGGAUUAUGAAUACAGGUCUGGAUUCAGUGUAUGUUGGAGCAGAAGAAGCAUGACCUCUAUUCUUGGCACUUUUUGAACACUUUCGCCAGAAGAGGUCAAGUUGUUUGCUGGACAGUACGUAUGGUGUGGUAUUUUCUCAUUGCUAUUGCAUUGGGAACAACAUACACAAUGUUGAUUGGAAGUUCAUCCCCCUUUCUCAAGUCCUUCAAAUAUCCAUCAUCAUAAAUGGCCUUUGGCAGAGAAGGAGCACUGAGGAAGGCGGCCAUCGGGGAAAAUGUGUUAUACUACUUGCAGUCAGAAAUUACAUUGCACCUCAAAAUAUGGGAUAAAAUAAAAACAAAAAUAAACUCAAAAACAAUUAUUUCUAAUUCUCGUAACAGAUACCUCAGCCUUGGUGGUGGAUAUGGAUUAAUGCUAUGUGAAACACUGAAGCCCAGUUGAACAAGGAAAGAUUUCUCUCCUCACUCUAUUGUGCCUUUGCUUUUGCCUUCCAAUAAACCUGAGGUCUUAUCUGUAAGCCAUGUCCAACAGCCAUCUCUAUUACUCCUGAACUUUGCAUUCCUCUUAACCUAGGAAAAACAUAAUCUUUCCUGUGCUGUAUUUGGCCCUGGGGAGCUACUAGUAUGAAGAAGAGCUCUUUGUCGUGAAAUGUCCAUAAAGAUUUUAUAAGGGAUUGAUGUCACUAAAACCGGUCCAAUAUUAACUAAAGUGGUGCAUUAUUGCUUUAUCCUCAUGACUGAUGGAACAUAACUACGACACAGAUAGUGAUUUUGCACAUCGCAAUGUUGCUGAUAAUGUCUAAAUUUAAUGUGUUGACAUUAUUUUAUUAUUAUAUGUAUCAUGAUACAAUGAAAAACUUAGUUUUGCAUGCCAACCAUAAAGAUAAUUUCAAGAAUCCUUGUUAUUAAAAAAGCAAUAUUACAAUUGAGGUGAUUUAAUGCUUUGGAUCUGUCUCUGAGAAGUUCUACAUUUCUUGUUAGGAAAUCUCAAGUACCCACAUUAGAAUAAAAGAAAUGAAAGGGGGAAAAGGCCACCCAUCCCUACAAGCCUGCUCACCUCUCAUCAACAUCAUAGCUGAUCUUCCGUCUCAACUCGAUUUCCUUGCACUAGCCCCAUACUUUUGAUUCCUGUGUAUACAGAGAUAUCUAUCAAUCUUUUUUUUGAAUUAGUUCAGUGACUGAGCCAACUGAAAGCGCUGGGGUAGAGAAUUCCAAACAAUACCACUACGUAAAGACAUUCCUCCUCAUUUCAGUCCUAAAUGGUCUACCGCUUAAUCUAAGGUUGUAACUCCUUAUUCUGGACAGCCGGGGUAACGCCUCUCACUGUGCCAAGUCCAGUAUGAACUUUCUAAGUCUGAAUGAGAUCUCCUCACACUUUGCUAAAUGUUGCUGGUGCAGGGCAAACCUGGCAUCUGAAUUUUCUAGUCAGUCAAAUGAAUUAAAAGUAAAAUUGGAAAUAUCUGGGCCCACAGUCAACAUAGUGGGAGGGACCUAUAGAGAAAUUACCUUUUUAAAAAUAGGCAUAGCAACUUUUAUCAAUGAAUAUGCAGUGGGCCCAGAUAGAAGAACAGAUAAACCCUUCUGAGUUUUAGAAACUAUAGGUCCAGAGUCAUUCAUUUUUCCCACAGACAGUAAACACAUGAUAUUUAUAGGAUAAUAUAUUUAUGCAGUUUUUAAAUAACAAACUACAAGUAAAAGUCUGUGUUAUUUGCACUUAGAAAUGUUUAAUCAUUUUUACCAUUUUGUUGACAUUUUGGUAUUGAUUGUUGUAAUCUGAAGAUAAACUUUUAAUAAUUCUAAAUGUAAUCAUUCAUUUAAAUGUAAGGUUAAAUACCGUUUUCCUGAUAUGAAAUUGAAAUGUGUUAGAAACAGUUCUCAGCUGUGCUAGGUUUUGUUUGCCAACUUGUUGGUGAGUUUGUAAAGAUUUGUUUGAGGUAAAUUGUGUGCUUUUUAAUAACUUCAAACAUUUCAGUUGUAUUUUCCUGUUUAUAAAUUUCUACUUGUUAUAAUUAUUUUCCAAUAUUUUAAUUUGUAAUCACAUGCAUCAUGCAUGAGCUUCUUCAACCUGCUAUGAAAUUGCAAUGCAAUCAGUUCAAUUCACCCUUUUGUUCUUUCCCCUUUCUUCUGAAAUAUUUCUUUCUCCAGAAUUUAUUCAUUUUGGGAUGCAUGGAGCCAUGGAAUGAUACAGCAGAGAAAAAGGAUAGUCAUCUAUCAUAUCCAAAUUAAUCAUUGGAGACCAAAUUAAUAUACUAAUUUCAUUUAGCAACACCUGCACUGUAACCUUCUAAGCUUUGGUAAUUCAAAGAUAGUUCUUGAAUGUUGUGAAAGUUUUGAUCUCCAUCAUGCUCUCAGGUAGUGUUUCAGAUUUCAGCUGCCUUCUAGGUCAAAAAUACUCUUCUUUAGACCCCCGACAAGCCUCCUAUUCAUAACCUUAAGCCUAGCCCUAGUUUUUCAUUAUCUUCUGUAAUUAUAUCCCUCAUGGUUUGCAGAUCCCCCCUCAGCCUCCUCUAUUCCAAGAAAAAUAAACCAACCCUACCCAUCCUCUUAUGAAUGAAUCUUCCCUGCAUCCUCUCCAAUGUAUCCACAUCCUUCGUAAAAUUAGGUGACCCAACUAGCUCACAGAGCUUCAGCUAGUGAAUUCAACUACCCUUUAAACAGUGCAAUCCGGAUAAUAAUAAUUUACUGCAUUGAAAAUGCAGUAGUUUUUACUGCAUUGAAGGGCACCAUGGUAUUGUAGCAGUUAAUGCAAUGCUAUUACAGCUCAGAGCAGAGCUUUUAUUUAUUGAGAUACGGUGUAGGAUAGACCUAGGAUAACCCUAGCUUAAUCACUGGACAAUUUACAAUGACCAAUUAACCUAUCAAGCGGCACACCUUUGGCCUGUGGGAGGAAACCAGAGCACCCUGAGGAAGCCCGUGCGGACAUGGGGGUAACGUACAAACUCCUUACGGACAGUGGCAGGAAUUCCAGCAUCCUCAGUAAGGAGUCUCUUAUGUCCUUCUCUGGAACGUGUGGAAUGUUUUCUCCUGGUCCUCCGGUUCCCUCCCACAGUCCAAAGACGUGUCAGGUAGGUUAAUUGGUCAUUUUAAAUUGUCAAGCGAUUAGGCUAAGGUUAAAUUGGGGUUGUUGGGAGGUGCAUCUCGAAGGGCCAGAAGGGCACUAUAUAUCUAAAAGUAAAAUAUCCUCUCAAUCCACUCUGGUUCUGUAGCUCAUUAUAUUAAAUCAUU